CUGUGCUUUGUGGGCCAUCUCACAUCUUACGGACAUUUGCGAGAAUCACAGAUGAUCUGAUGGUCUUUGUUAGUGAAUGGUUAGGUGGUUUGUAAUGAAAUAGUGGUGCUGCAUAAGCAGUGUGUUCUAAGUUAUACGUGAAUAUAUAUUGAAAAUAAUACCAUGGCGUCAAUGCCGGGAACUUUAGCUUUCGAUGAAUAUGGUCGUCCUUUCAUUAUAAUUCGUGAUCAACAAAAUCAAAAGCGAUUAACUGGUGUCGAUGCCUUGAAGUCACACAUUCUGGCUGGGCGUUCAAUAGCCGACACAUUAAAGACGUCGCUUGGACCAAAAGGCUUGGAUAAGAUGAUGGUUAGUCCUGAUGGUGAUGUCACUGUUACAAAUGAUGGAGCUACAAUAUUGAAACUUAUGGAUGUUGAUCAUGAGAUCGCUAAGCUUAUGGUGCAGCUAUCUCAGUCACAGGAUGAUGAAAUUGGAGAUGGCACUACUGGAGUGGUUGUGUUGGCAGGAGCUCUUCUUGAACAAGCAGAACUUUUGUUAGACAAGGGAAUCCAUCCAAUCCGUAUUGCUGAUGGCUUUGAACUGGCAGCACAGUGUGCAGUGAAACACUUGGAGAAAAUUGCUGACAGCUUCCCUGUUGACUUCACAAACCUGGAACCACUUAUCCAGACAGCUAUGACAACACUUGGUUCCAAGAUAGUGAACAAGUGCCAUCGGCAGAUGGCAGAGAUUGCUGUUCAGGCUGUUAUGGCUGUCGCAGAUAUGGAAAAGCGUGAUGUGAACUUUGAACUCAUCAAGGUUGAGGGAAAAGUAGGUGGUCGUUUAGAGGACACCGUGCUUGUAAAGGGGGUUGUUAUUGACAAGGACUUCUCUCAUCCACAGAUGCCUAAGGUUCUGAAAGAUGUUAAACUGGCGAUCUUAACAUGCCCAUUUGAGCCACCAAAACCUAAGACAAAACACAAGCUUGAUGUUACUUCAGUGGAAGACUAUAAGGCUCUACGCCAAUAUGAAGCAGAGAAAUUCUCAGAGAUGGUUCAACAGGUGAAAGAUGCUGGUGCAACUCUUGCCAUCUGUCAGUGGGGCUUUGAUGAUGAGGCUAACCACCUGCUGUUGCAACGGCAGCUGCCUGCUGUGCGUUGGGUUGGUGGCCCUGAGAUUGAGUUGAUUGCUAUUGCUACAGGGGGUAGGAUAGUUCCCCGGUUUGAGGAACUUUCCGCAGACAAGCUUGGACAUGCUGGUCUUGUACGAGAACUUCAGUUUGGAACCACUAAGGAUCGUAUGCUUGUCAUUGAAGAAUGCAAGAAUUCACGGGCUGUCACUAUUUUUAUUCGAGGAGGAAAUAAGAUGAUUAUUGAGGAAGCCAAGCGAAGUAUCCAUGAUGCUGUUUGUGUGGUACGCAACUUGGUACAGGAUAACAGAGUGGUGUAUGGUGGUGGAGCAGCAGAAAUUGCAUGUGCCAUUGCAACUUCCCAGGAGGCUGACAAGAUUUCAUCCCUGGAGCAGUAUGCUUUCCGUGCCUUUUCUGAUGCACUGGAGAGUGUGCCAUUGGCACUGGCAGAGAACUCUGGUCUGUCACCAAUCCACACAUUAACCGAAGUGAAGGCUCGCCAAGUGAAGGAAAGAAAUCCUGCUCUUGGUAUUGACUGCAUGCUGAAGGGAACCAGUGACAUGAAAGAGCAGCAUGUUAUUGAGUCCCUACACAGCAAGAAGCAGCAGUUUGUUUUGGCAACUCAGCUUGUGAAAAUGAUUCUAAAGAUUGAUGAUAUUCGGUCUCCAAGUGAUGGCAUGAGCAUGUAAUUCGCCAAGGUGCAAAGCACAAUCAAAUGUAAUGAUCAAUGACUUCAUAAUAUUUUAAUUGCUUCAUCUUUCUAAACAUAAAAGCAUUAAUUAUUGGCUGCAGUAUUUUGUUUUGAAUAUUCCUUUUACAUAUAAAUUAAUUUAACAAUGAAAUACCUAAUAUGUACAUCUGUAAAGCUUGGAGGUGGCAAUUCUCAUUUGUCAUAUUAUAAAUAAUAAAAUUUCACCGCUAUUUACUAUG